CACCCGUAUUUUCUCUUGCCGGCCCUGUCCAAGAGAGUACACUGUGUGUACCUAAUAGCAGCACCCAUGAGUAGCGUGCAUACAACACCUCAAUUGCUAAUAAUGAAUAUUAAAUUGCUUGAUAAAAAUACUACAUAGAUUUGUACAUUGUACAUGCAAAUAUAUGAAUGCACAUUACGCCAGACAAAAUUCGAUGCAUAGCACAGUCUCGUCAUGGAGCCGCUCCUAGUCACAUUCGCUUUGUUCGCCGCUUUCGGUGUUUUAAUCUACAAAUACUUGACAUGGCAUCACGACCUCUUCAAACAAUUGGGCGUAGCCGGUCCGCAGCCAAAGCUAUUGGCGGGCAAUUUCCCUGGAAAAAAGCAUUUUGUCUACGAAGUAGAUGAUAUUUACAAUACAUAUAAGCAAAAUCACGCAGUUAUUGGCGUUUUCCAAUCCAGAAAUCCCAGCUUUUUAAUAUUAGAUCCGAAGUUGGCCCAUGAAGUCAUGGUAACGAAUUUCAAAAAGUUUAGAGACAAUUUGGCAAAGAAAUUUAUCUACGAUAGAAGUGAGGAUAAAAUAGCUUCCGUAAAUCCGUUUUCAAACGUUGGGGAAGAAUGGAAAACUAGACGCGCAGACGUAAUCAGCGGGUUAACACAAAACAAGCUCAACUUAGGUUAUCCCAUUUGGAAGAGUUGUGCGCAAAAACUAAGCAAUCUAUUGAAGGAGCAAACUACAAAUGGCAACGCUGUUUUGGAAACUAAAAACCUAAUCUAUCGAUUUAAUUCCAACGUUUUGGGCGAAUUUCUCUGGGGCAUCGAAACAAACACACUCGAGAGUCUAGACAAACCAAAUACUUAUUUGGACAUUUUGAAGAAAGUGCCAGAGCAAAUUUUCCUAGCUUUAAUAAGCCACAUCAAAUGCAUACCAUUCCCUUGGCUUCGACGCUUCACAAACUACCGCAUAUUUACUAGCGAAACGGUAUCCUUUUUCUCACAACUCACCAAGGAUGCUUAUAGAAUGCGCGAAAAGGACGCGACUAAUCAAAAUAGAGUAGAUUAUCUGAAUUAUCUGCGUCAGCUGCAGGAAAAGAAAAAUCUGUCGCACGAAGAAGUGGUUGGAUACAUGGCAACUGUACUUGUAGAUGGGUACGAUACAUCGGCAACGAUUGCCUACCAUACACUUUUCUAUUUGACCCACCACCCAGAUUGGCAGGAAAAGGUGCGCAACGAAAUUCUAAGCAAUCUCGAUGCUGAUGGUACUAUCAGUUACCAAACUUUGAUCGGUCUGCCACAUUUGGAUCAGUGUGUGCAAGAAACACUGCGAAUAAUUAGUCCGCUUACACUUACUUCGCGAAUUUGUACAGAAUCCACCGAAUUUGAGCUUAACGAUGGACGACGUAUCCCCAUUAAAGUGGGUCAGGAAGUCGCCAUUCCGUUUUUUAGUUAUGUUCACGAUCCCGAUUACUUUCCCGACCCAUGGGAGUUUAAACCGGAGCGUUUCAAUAACGUUGAUCUAGCAGAAUUGGCGAAGAGGGGCAUUUUUGUUCCCUUCGGCGACGGUCCACGCAUUUGUUUGGGGCGACAUAUGGCAAUGUUGCAAGUAAAAACUCCGAUUGCCGAAAUACUUAAGACUUAUCGGCUGAAAGUAUGUGAGAAGACUGCGUCUGAAAGAAAACCCGACUCGCCAACUAUUGUUGUAGGAUUGGAUGGUGAUUUGAUAAUUGAAUAUGAGAGACUCUAGUCAGCAAAAAUAUUUACGUACUCUUCAAAAAUAUUUUACAUUCGGCCCUAUUAUGAUUGUCGAUGUCGACGUCGUUGUAAUUUUUUAAUAAAAAAAAUAACCGUCGUAAGUCCAACAGCGGUUUCACUGACCACAGUAGUUUUGCGAGGAAUACCUUUCCGCAAGGCUAUUUUUUGACGAAAAAAUAUCAUCGACGUCGACAUUGAGAACCAUAAUAGGGUCAAUUAUUUUUUUAGAGAAAAAUUUAGCAAUGCAUUCUAGGACUUCGGGAGAUUAAAUUAAAAAUAAAUUCCGGGCGAACUAUAUAAAUA